CUCCCCUUCUUCAGAGAGAUUUAAUCUGGCCCUCUGCCCGACUCUACUGUCACUUCAGCAUCUCGAGGUCUGAGCAGUCAGGGGUCCACACAGUUGUGAGAUUAUGGCACCAGCAAAGAAGGGAGUGUUGGAGCGUCUUAACGCUGGGGAGGUGGUGAUUGGAGAUGGAGGCUUUGUGUUUGCCCUUGAGAAGAGAGGCUAUGUGAAGGCCGGUCCCUGGACCCCUGAAGCUACUGUACAGUACCCUGAUGCAGUGCGACAGCUGCACAGGGAGUUCCUGAGAGCCGGGUCCAAUGUUAUGCAGACCUUCACAUUCUACGCCAGUGAUGACAAACUUGAGAACAGAGGCAACAACCUCAAAGUGACUGGAGCUCAGAUCAAUGAGGCUGCCUGUGAUUUAGCCCGUGAGGUCGCCAAUGAGGGUGAUGCUCUUGUUGCUGGAGGAGUGUCCCAAACUCCAUCUUACCUGAGCUGCAAGAGCGAGGCAGAUGUGAAGGCCAUCUUCAGAAAACAGUUGGAUGUGUUCAUCAAAAAAAAUGUGGACUUUCUGAUUGCUGAGUACUUUGAGCAUGUUGAAGAGGCCGUGUGGGCUGUGGAGGUGCUGAAGGAGACAGGGAAGCCUGUGGCUGCUUCUCUUUGUAUUGGACCAAAGGGGGACAUGCACGGUGUCUCACCCGGAGAGUGUGCAGUCAGGCUGGUCAAAGCCGGUGCCCAGAUUGUGGGAGUCAACUGUCACUUUGACCCCAUGACCUGUGUGGAGACUGUGAAGCUGAUGAAGGAGGGAGUGGAGAAGGCUGGUCUGAAGGCUCACUACAUGGUUCAGCCGCUGGCAUUCCACACUCCUGACUGCAACUGCCAGGGAUUUAUCGACCUGCCAGAGUUCCCCUUCGGCCUGGAGCCUAGGAUUCUGACUCGCUGGGACAUGCACAAGUAUGCCAGAGAAGCUUACAAUGCUGGCAUUCGCUUCAUUGGUGGGUGCUGUGGCUUUGAGGCUUAUCACAUUAGGGCUAUAGCAGAGGAACUGGCACCUGAGAGAGGCUUCCUUCCAAGUGCAUCAGAGAAACAUGGCUCCUGGGGUGCUGGUCUGGAAAUGCACACCAAGCCUUGGGUCAGAGCCAGAGCCCGACGUGAUUACUGGGAGAACCUAAAGCCAGCCUCUGGUCGUCCCCAGUGUCCCUCCAUGUCUGUCCCUGAUUCUUGGGGUGUUACCAAGGGCCAUGCUGAUUUGAUGCAGCAGAAAGAGGCGACCUCUAAAGAAGAACUUGAACAGCUGUUCGACAAAUCAAAAACCCACUGAGUCAGUCUGUUUCAGACUCAGCAGCCGACAUAAACGGAACAGCUGCGAUCCACAGCUGAUGCACAGCAGUGCAUAGUAUCUAUAUACAGUGCUUCAUCUAACAAACAUAGUGUCAGUUGUUGUGACAUUA